AUGAUUUUAUUCGUUGUUCCUUUCAGAAUACUCUCAGCCUUUAUUCGGACUCUCAACAAUGCAGCCAACGCAAUUGUCUCAGCUCACAAGUCUCGUCACCUAGAUAACUCCGCAUCUCGUUCUCAAAGUACUCGUUUGGCUUCGGUUUUCGCCUACACCGCUGUUCCACACCUUCUCACCUGCCUGCUUGAGCAUAUCUUUGGUGGCGAUGCAGCUUCUCACCUCUGGCAACUGCAUCAGGAGAAUGAUGCAACUCCAACCACCUCUCAACUCAUCUCCAGAUUCACUAAAGAAGUUUGUGCCCCCAUUUUCGAGCAGUGGGCCCAGCUGACAAAUGGUCCGUUGCGAGAAGCUCAGAUCUUUCCUUCCAAUGCGGAGAAUGCAAGGUCCGAUAAAACUUUACAGGCCGAGGACUUGAAAAAUGUGGUGGAUAAACCUCUAGACAGCUCGGGAGAACCAGAAUCUUCAAAUAAUGCUCAACAUGAGACAGUUACUCCUUUAAUAAGCGAAACUGCCACAAACGAGGUGAUUAAGACUCUUGAGGAGCCUAUUCUGAACUCUGCUUCUAUUAAAGAGGAAGUGUCGCUUGAAAAUAAUGCAUCGAUUUCUAAUCAACCUUCAAUCAUUAUUCCCUCUAGCGUUGUUCAGUCCCCUAUAGAUCAGCAAACAGUGCCUAUGGUGGAGGGACUGCAACUACCACAAAUUACCAAUGCGGAAGAUAUAGAGGUCGCCUUUCUCAAAGAAAGUGUUCCAUCUUCGGAACCAAACGAAGUACUCCCAAAUAAGGUUGCAAUUUCUGAAGUGCCAUUUAAAUCUGAUGAAGGUGAAAGCCUGCCGAAUGCUACUUAUGCUUCGGCUGUUCGGUCUCCUUUGGCCAGUGAAUGCCAAUUGUUGUCAGGAUCAACACCAUCGCCUCUUAAACGUGAUUUAUUAAAGACCAGACACCAAGAAAGCCAAGAACCCUUAAGCACAGCUAAAUCUGAAUUGGAUGAAGAUGUAGUUGCAAGCAAACAGAAACUUAUUGAAAAUUCAAAUACUUUCGGAAAUGAUGAUUUAAAGUCAGAGAUGAAGGGAGGUUUUGUCGAAAGCGAGCCCAAAAUCGAAACCUUUUCGACAGAGCGUACACCUUCGGAACCUACUUUUCAAUUUUCUGAAAUCGACCAUAUAAAAGAAAAUUUAGUUGAUGAGAAUAGCAGCUCUAGCGUUCUUGAUCGAGUUGGGCUAACAGCGGAUUCUGAGGAAGUUGAACAAUUUACUGCCACGAAUUCUGGAAUGAAGCAAGAUUCUACUGAAAUUCCGCUUGAACGUAUUGAUGCGGAGGAUAGACGAGGCAAACAAAUCGCUCAGGAUUUCACUACUGGUUGGAGUUCAGUAGUAACUUCUUCAAAUUUGAAGUUAGAGGAGCCUGAUGAACCUAGCCGUAAAAGGGAUGAUUUGCAUUGUACUGAACAGUCCUAUUCGCAGGCUGUCAAUCCAGAAGUUUCCGACUUACCGAUAACAACCGGUCAUGGUGAGUCCGCUUCGAUGUUUAUGGAUCAGCCUGAAAAUGUUGUGAGCGAUUCAUUCAAUGCGGAAAAUAACUCCGAAGUAAAUAACGCAGAAUACACAGAGUCUAUCGUGAAAGUAGAAAAUGUUAAGAUUGAAGAAAGCUUCCCUAAUCAAGUGGGAGGUAUUUACGAUUUGCCAGCUGUUCAGAACCAAAUCAGUGAAGAAGUGGCGUGCAAUACGGCAACAGAGGAAACGGAACUCGGAAGCGAGGAAAUUCUUUCGGAGUCUGAGUUGAAAGCAUCCUUAGAUUCCCCUGAAGUGCCUAGCUACGCUAAAAUAGAAGAUAGAGAAAAAGAUGGUAUGGAAAAGAUUGACACUGAUAUCUUGAAUAGCGUGGCUGGACACAGUGGGAUCAAAGGGGAUAUUUGUUCUCUUAACACCAUUGGAAAUAAUAUUGAGCCUUUUUUACGCGAUGUCGGUGCUGAGUCAAUAGAUUUGAGUCCAUCAUACGCCCACUUAUCUUCUGAAUGCAAAGAGCCGUGUGGUCGGACUUGUAUUCCUGGUCUUUCAAACGCUAAGCUAGAGAACUCCGAGGAUGUUCAUGAAGUUGUUGGUUCUGAGACUCCAACACAAAGGAUAUCAACUAUGAUUGAACUUGAGGAAUCAAUAAAUAUAGAUAAAGACGGGAGUGUUUGGAAGGAAAAGGAUGAACUGUAUUCAGAUUCGCUUACCGAAGAAGGUGCUUCUCGUACCAACGAUAAUCUGACCCGAAUUGAGCAUCCGGAAGGCAAUAAUUUCAAAACAGAAAUUUCGGAAGAAGUUUCCACUCAAAGCAUUGCAAAUCCCACAACACAGGAACAGACUUCUGAUGUUAAUUCACCAAAAUGUGUAGCUGAUCAAUCAGUUGAACCUGACGAGUCGUGGCAAGAUGGUGAUGAUUUGCUUAAGGGGACUGAGAUCGAGCUUGCUAACCCUAAUGAAUGUAAAACGGACGUUGAACCUGCUGUUCAAUCUAAUUUAAGUUCCCUAUUCGGAAGCCAAGAAAUUGAGGUGAAACCUGAGCCAAGAGAACCAUCGUCACAAAAUAUUCUCUCUGAAGAAGAUCGAAGUUCAAGUCUACCAGAGGUUGAUCAUCAGGAAGUCGGCACUGUUAAAGAUGCCUGUGGAAGUAGAGAGGACAAAGGGGUGGAUCUUGAAGUUGAAGGAAUUGAGGAGAGUGAAACGCCUCCAGCCCUCCAAUCUGCUGAAGCUAUUACUACCACUUUAUCGGGAGAAGUUAAUGACAUCAAGAGAUCUUUGAAUUGCGCCGCAAAAUCCGAGGCUUUUGAUCUAUCCAGUCUUACGACAUUCGUUUCGGAGCCUUCAGAAGACACUAAGAUAUCAAUGGAGACAAAAGUUGGUGUUAAACAGUAUGCCGCAUCCGAUGAUAAUUGUGUGCAGUCAAACCUUGACAUCUUAGUCGAAACCCAGGUGACGGAAAUGGAAGCUGGGCCAUUGAUGCAACUUCCUGAAGAAAAGCAAAAGUCAAAUUUUCUUGAUGGCGAAUAUCAGGAUGUCGAAUGCGCCUGGGUUGAUGACGUAAAUGAAUGGGACGAAGUGGGUAGAAUAGAUAUUAAUGAAAUUGAAGCCAAGAAAAGUCUAACUUCUGCUGAAACUGUAAUCCCAUCAAAGGAAUCGAGUAACAUUGGAGAAUUUCUGGAUUAUCAAGUGAACUCCGAGGGGACUGGACCAUCCGAUUUUACUCCAUCGAAUAAAGAGCUUCUUGAAGAUAUCCCGGUUCUUCCUAAUGAAUUUAUCACUACUGUUUUGUCAAAAGAACAAGAUGAAAAGACAAAAUCUCUGGAUUAUCAUGCAAAGUUUGAAUUUUUUGAACCAACUUCUAUUCCAUCUGUUAAUGAGAUUUCUGAAGAAGAAGAAGGAGAAGCAAAAGCAGCAGAAAAUUUAGACGGUUGGGGUGGGGAUGCAGACUUAGACAUUGGUGAACUGGAAAAUAAAGGAAAUUUUGAUCUCACGGAAGUCACUGAAUCGGUUAUAGCACCUCACAAUUUUGGUAAAGCUGAUGUAGCAAUUGCUUCCUCUGAAAAGUUUGCCGAUUUAGUUUCGAUGAAAUCUGAUCACAAUUCACUGGGGGAGCGACAUUCCAAAGAGUCGGAAAAUCCAGGCCCUCUUCCAUGUGGUUCCCCUAAAGCUGCUGACGCCUUGGAUGAGAAUAGCAAUGCCUUGAGUGAGGGAGGGAAUCUUGACGAAAUCAAAUCUUCUUCUGGACUUAUCGGUAGACAUCCUAGUGAUGAAAACUUCUCGAAUGUCGAAAUUGCUGGAGAGGAGUCUGAGAAUGCUAAUUUUGGUAGUUGCGAAUGCUGGGAGGAUGAUAAUUGGCUUGAAGAACGCGAUCCAACCGAAACCCUCCCUCAGGUGUCGAAAUCGGUUUUCCCAGACCCAAUUACGCAGAAUACUCAAGCAGGGUUAGGGAUUGAAUUGGAGGUUUCUGAUAAGGAAGGAGAGCAGACCUAUUGGGAUGAUGACGAUGCUACUUGGGGCGAAGGUCCAGACCAAAUUAAAGUCUUUCCUAUAAACUCAGAAACAAAUGCUCAAACUCCUGAUGAGAAAAAUACUCUUGAAGCAGCACCUGAGUUGGAAUCCACGGGCUGGGAAGGUGAUGAAAACAAUUGGGGUGAUGACAUUGAACUGCAAAGAGAUGAUAUGGAAAUCAAUAAAUCGAUUGCUGACCAAACCUCACCUUCGACUACCUCUCUUUUCGUUCCUGCUUCCAAUGAGGGCGAUUCCGGUACUAUUCCAAAGGAUCGAUCGAAAGGAGCCAAAAUAGACUGA